GAACUAUAAGUAUCUUCCAUGGCCGAGAGUGUUAGAUAGGUUCAUCCCAACCCGAGCGUAGGAUGUUUUGCGGAAACGAGGUUUGGGAUGAACCUAUCUUACACGAGCGGCUAUGGUAGAUGCCUUUUCUCCAACCUCAGUUAUACAAAAUAAAGUAAAAAUGCUUUUUUUUGCUGGAACUCUUUUCUGCAUAGUGAGAAAAAAUGUGUAUGGAUAUGUGAUAAUUCGUGGUUGUCAUUGAUAUGCGCGCAGUGAUUCAGAUUAUGUAUAUAGUCAAAUCGUUAUUUAAAUAGUUCUUCGGAGAGUGCGGCAUUAUUUCUUGAAUGGAGCGUGAAAAAAUAUGGUGCCAUUUGAAGCGAGAAACAAUUCAUUAGGAUUCUAAAUAUUGCCACAAGACAAGGUUUUCAUGACGCUACAGACGACGGUCUUCAACAAGGGAGGUAAUUGUGUGAUGACAAUAAAAAAGGAGUUUCAUACGGAUGAACGCCAUGUUUCUGCUCGUUGCUGCAAUGGUCUGCUUGGCUGUCUCCGCAGAUGCAGCUCCCCGAAGAAAGAGGUUCACGUGCACGUUUUUUGACGGAGACUGGGCUUGUGAGGCCCAUUGUUACAUUCUGAACAGACAGGGAGGCUGGUGUGACGAUCAUAACGUGUGUCACUGCAGAUCUGAGACCAUAUUUGGAACUACCCAAACAGGUACGACCGUAAGUACAAGUGGUGUGACCGGGAGUACAAGUGGUUCGACACCGAGUACAAGUGCUACAACAGCGAGUACAAGUAGUUCGACAGCGAGAAUAAGUAGUUCGAUAGCGAGUACAAGUGGUACGGCACCGAGUACAAGUGGUACGACACCGAGUGCAAGUAGUUCGACAGCGAGAAUAAGUAGUUCGAUAGCGAGUACAAGUGGUACGACACCGAGUGCAAGUAGUUCGACAGCGAGAAUAAGUAGUUCGAUAGCGAGUACAAGUGGUACGACCGCGAGUACAAGUGGUACGACACCGAGUACAAGUGGUACGGCACCGAGUACAAGUGGUACGACACCGAGUACAAGUGGUACGACCGCGAGUACAAUUGGUGAAACUCGGAGUACAAGUAGUUCGACACCGAGUUCAAUUGGUACGACCGCGAGUUCAAGUGGUACGACCCGGAGUACAAGAACAACAUCAACAAAUAACAUUACAUAGACGAUCAAAACAUCGCAACAACCACUGAUUGCUACAAUUUAAAUAAUCACCUGCGGGUAUCAAAACAAACAUACACAGAUUGGACAUAAAGAAACUAAUUAACUACUAUUUUGUUAAACACAUGGGGAAUUCUAAAAUCCCGACGGGAACAGUGAGAAUUACUUUUAUUAAGGUUAAAAUGUAAUUAUUCAUAUGCAUUUAAUUAAAAGCGUCGAUCAAGUAUUACGUUUUACAUGUACAUAUAUUGAAAAUAAAACAGUACAGUAUUUGCGUUAUUA